UUGUUUCGGUCACGUGACGGAGGCUUACGAAGAUGGUGGAAGUUUCUUCUUCCUCGGAGUGAAUCCGGAUAUAAACCAAAACACCCCGCUAUACGAGGGCUGGGAGGAUAUUACAGCGUUACCAGAUACAUUGUACCACCUCUGCUACGUUCCGAGCCCUCUUCCCAGCCCUAUGUCAUGGCCAGUGGCGUCACCAAGUCAACCACUUCCAAUGGUUACCCCAUGAAGGCACAGCUUCAAAUCCUUGUGCUGUCAGCUAAACUAAAAGAAAACAAGAAGAACUGGUUUGGCCCCAGUCCUUAUGUAGAAGUGACGGUCGACGGCCAAUCCAAGAAGACGGAGAAAUGCAACAACACUCACAGCCCCAAGUGGAAGCACCCGCUCACUGUGAUUGUGACUCCAUUCAGCAAAUUGGUGUUCCGUGUGUGGAGCCACCAGACCCUCAAGUCAGACGUCCUGUUGGGCAUGUCCACGCUGGACAUCAGUGACACACUGAAGUCCAACGACAUGAAAAUCUCCGAGGUGGUGCAGACCUUGCAGCUGUACACCGACAGAGACCAGACAGACGUGGUGGGAGACUUGUCUGUCUGCCUGGACGGCAUGACCGUGGACCCUGAGAUGUUCGCCUCUGCUGAAGCCGACCGAAACAGUACAUCAAAUGAAGAAUCGCAGCCUGACGCGGAUCCUCCCAUAAGACCCAGUCGGGACAGUUCUCCAGCUGUGAACGGUGUGGAGCACAGGCCUUCUCCCAGCGCCCUGAGGGCAGCAAAUGGCAGAGGGUCUCCCUCUGUGUCUUCAGCGGUGGGGAGGCCUAUUCGUCCACCGAGACCUUCCAGGCCUCCUCCUCCAACCCCUCGCAGACCAACCUCCUCACCCGGUCUGAAUAUUACCUCAGCCCCCUCCAGCAAUGGCUCCGCUCCAGCAGAUGGUGGUGACGCCCCGACAGGUUCUGAUCCACCAGUCGGCUCGUCUGCCCCAGGACCCUCAUCAGCCUCCACCUCGAGCCCGUCUACGUCGUCAGAGAGAAACUCGCUGGCUUUAAGCUCUGGAGCUGCUGCGACCAGGCAGCCAGCCGGCAUCGCCACCCCCGCUGUGCCCCCUCCCAGAGUACCGUCCGUCAGCACCGGACCGCUGCCCCCUGGAUGGGAGCAGAGAGUGGAUCAGAAUGGCCGACUCUAUUAUGUUGACCAUGUGGAGAAGAGAACAACGUGGGAACGCCCUGAAGCACUUCCCCACGGAUGGGAGCGACGGGUCGACCAGAUGGGGCGGGUCUACUUUGUGGAUCACAUAACUCGAACCACCACGUGGCAGCGCCCCACGAUGGAGACGGUGCGUAAUUACGAGCAGUGGCAGCACCAGCGUAGCCAGCUGCAGGGCGCCAUGCAGCAGUUCAACCAGAGGUUCAUAUACGGGGUUCAAGACCAAGCUACGGCCAGUCAGAACAAGGAGUAUGACCCGAUGGGACCUCUGCCACAUGGCUGGGAAAAGAGAACAGAUGCGAACGGCAGAGUUUAUUUUGUGCAUCACCCAACUCGUUCAACACAAUGGGAGGAUCCUCGAACUCAAGGAUUGUUGAAUGAAAAGCCUCUUCCUGAAGGCUGGGAGAUGAGGUUCACUGUGGAUGGGAUUCCUUAUUUUGUGGACCACAACCGGAGAACCACCACCUAUAUUGACCCACGGACCGGAAAAUCUUCACUUGAAAAUGGACCGCAGAUCACUUACGUUCGAGACUUCAAAGCCAAAGUUCAGUACUUCCGAUUCUGGUGCCAGCAACUGGCAUUGCCUCAACAUGUCAAGAUCACUGUCACUAGAAAAACCCUCUUCGAGGACUCUUUCCAGCAGAUCAUGAGCAUCAAUGCUCAGGAUCUACGGAGGAGGUUGUGGAUCAUCUUUCCUGGAGAGGAAGGCCUCGAUUAUGGAGGUGUGGCCAGAGAGUGGUUCUUCCUGUUGUCCCAUGAGGUGUUGAACCCGAUGUACUGCCUGUUUGAAUAUGCCGGCAAAGAUAACUACUGCCUCCAGAUCAACCCUGCUUCCUACAUCAACCCUGACCACCUCAAAUAUUUCAAGUUCAUAGGACGCUUCAUUGCCAUGGCACUUUUCCACGGCAAGUUCAUCGAUACGGGUUUCUCACAGCCGUUUUACAAGAGAAUGCUCAACAAGCCGCUGACUCUCAACGAUCUAGAGUCAAUAGAUCCUGAAUUCUACAAUUCUCUCAUGUGGAUCAAGGACAACAACAUCGAGGAGUGUGGCUUGGAGAUGUUCUUCUCUGUUGACAAGGAGAUCCUCGGGGAAAUCACCACCCAUGAGCUGAAGCCAGGAGGAGGAGACAUCCAGGUCACCGAGGAGAACAAGGAGGAGUACAUCAAGCUAGUGGCAGAGUGGCGUCUGUCCAGAGGAGUGGAGGAGCAAACACAGGCUUUCUUUGAAGGUUUCAACGAGGUCCUCCCUCAGCAGUACCUGCAGUACUUUGAUGCAAAAGAGCUAGAGGUGAUGCUCUGUGGGAUGCAGGAAAUCGACCUUGGAGACUGGCAAAGACACGCUAUCUAUAGACACUAUACGCGGACCAGUAAACAAAUCGUCUGGUUCUGGCAGUUGAUGAAGGAAAUGGACAACGAAAAACGGAUGAGGCUGCUGCAGUUUGUUACUGGAACCUGUCGCCUGCCUGUAGGGGGCUUUGCUGAUCUUAUGGGAAGCAACGGUCCUCAGAAGUUCUGUAUUGAGAAGGUUGGGAAGGAAAACUGGCUUCCCAGAAGUCACACAUGCUUCAACAGACUGGACUUGCCACCCUACAGGAGCUACGAGCAGCUGAAGGAGAAGCUGAUGUUCGCCAUCGAGGAGACUGAAGGCUUCGGGCAGGAAUGAGAGUCCUGCGUACGUGUUCAAAUCAGGGAGCUUCUGCACACUGAGCUGAUGAUUUAGUGCUCAUUCAUGCACCUUUAGGGUACCUGCAUGGGAACAAGGACAAGACUCUUGUCUUCGUGAUUCGAACAUUUACUCUGCUUACUGAGUCUGAGGAUUUAUUUUUAAUUAUUAUAGUUUUUAACCAAAUUAUGGAAGCUGCUCCUGACUCGGGGAAUGUGCACAAAAUUCUGCAUGGGAUCCUGAAAGUUCCACUUCCUUCCAAGAUUUCCAUUUACCUUCGCUACUCCCCAUAAAGUGAGUCGUCACAUGAUCUCAACUAACACUGGUUCUAACUGAAAUGGGGCGCAGUUUUAAUGCAGCUUUGAGGAGGUGGAAUUUGUUUUUGCAAAAUAAGGUUAAUUUGCACCCAAAAAAAACACAUUUUUGUUUCAUUUGAACGAGAUUUACCAUUUCUGUACUAAUAAUUAAAAUUGAUCUAUUUUACAAAUAAAGCUCAUAUUUAAGAAGGAAGAAAAGAUCAUUUCUAUAGCGCCUCUCAAGAUGAAAAUCACGAGGUGCUUCACAAAAACAAAAAAUGUAAAAUAUAAAAAAAUAAUUAAGAAAAAUGGUUACAAUAUAUUCAAAAUGAGCAAAAAAUAGACAAUUGUGGGUAAAAAAUUUAAAGAAAGUGAGAGAGUGAACAGGAAAGAGGGACAUCAGUGGAUCCUGGGAAAGGUGGAAUAGGUGGGGAGAGCAGAACAAGGAGAGGGUGAAGAAGGUCACACCAAAACCAGCUUCAAGUGAGUCUUCAGCUGCUUUUUAAAGGAGACCACUGAGUCCACUGAUCUCAGGCUCAGGGGGAGAGAGUUCCAGAGUCUGGGGGCCACAGCAGCAAAUGAUCUGUCACCUUUGACCUUUAGCCUGGUGCACUGCACAACCAGUAGGCUUUGAUCACUGGACCUCAGGGACCUGCUGGGGGUGUAGGGACUAAGAAGAUCACCAAUGUAAGAUGGUGCUUGUCCAUGUAAGGCCCUAUAGACCAGAACCAGGAUCUUGAAAUGAACCCUGAAGUUGACUGGCAGCCGGUGAAGCUGGAGGAGAAGCGGGGUGAUGUGGGUGUGUUUGGAGGACUUGGUCAGAAAGAGUAGAGCUUAAAAAAAAAAUCAGCGCUUCAAUAACAAAGACACACUUGGUGCUUGGAAGAGAUGUCUGUUUUCGUGCUCCGGAUGUUCGAUCUGUCUGUCUGAUUCAUGAUUGUGAAAAACAAAGUGUUGUAGCCUCCACUGUUGUAAUGAUGGCGGCAGACGUGGGGACAUUUUUGGACCUGACCUUAGUUUUAUAGGGUCAGAGUUUACACACUGUGACGUGGAAGUCUUACUGGACGCAUCUAAAAGGUUAAUAACAGCUUUAAUGACGUUUUACAACUUCUCUUUUUGUGUACACAAUGUUCUUGUUUAAAAUAAGAUCCUGAGGAAUGUUUUAUGGUAAGUUGUUGAUUUGUGAAAAUAAUGAAAAAUCCCCGAAUCUUGUCGAACCAAAUCCACCUUUAACUCCUAAAACGGUGACUAUGGAUACUAGAUUAGACCGAUCGUGACUUUUCAGUAACAAGUUUGAGUUUGGAGUGACGGCUCUUGCCUUUUUUUAUUCUCCACAACAUAUCUUAAAAAAUGAAUCGUUUCCAAGAAAUCAGCAGCCUUCGAUAAAAGGCUUCAAGGAGGAUUUUUCAAUUGUUUAUCUUUUCAACAAGCUGAACUUCUCUGUUAGUUGCAGGUUUUUGGACAUUUAAUAAUUUAGUUACAGAAACCAAUCCCAGAUUAUUGUUUGACUCCUCGUGUGCGUUCUUAACUUUUUCCCAGUGAUGAGGUUUACUCAAACCAUUUUAGCACUAAUUAUUUCUUUGUUUCUUUUGUUUGGUGUUAAUAAUCUGAUCAACGUCAGAAUGAAAGAUGAUUAAUCUCAAAAUGAAGUUAGAUUAUGACACUGAACUAGUCUGAGUGAGAUAACCGCGGAGCACUUGGGUUCAGGCGGGAUUAAAUCUGACUACACACAUUUCUUGCUCUCUGUCUAACCUGAUGGCUGCGGUGUACGUCUUCAAUGAUCUCGGUCGGUAGCCUUAAUCCCACCCUCAAGCAUGAGUUGUUUUUAUUUUAAAUUUCAGGUAGUCUGAGAUUAAAUAAAUCAUCUUGCUCCAUAAAGGCCCUUUACUGAACUUUUUUUUCUCAGAAUUCCAACUUUUGUCAUAAUUCUGAGGUUAAAGUCAGAAUUAUGAGAAAAAAAAUCUGAAUCUGAAUUAAGGGAAACCUUAAUCUCAUAAUUCUGAUUUAUUUUCUCAGAAUUCUGGCUUUUUAACUUCUAAGAGAAAAGCCAGAAUUCUGAGAUUAAAGUCAGAACUUGGAGAUUUGUCAAAAUUCUUUUUAUUUUUUUUCUUUUAAUGUGCCCUAAUCCUCUUCUGUGCAAAAAUAAGAUUAAAAUGAAGUUUUCUUAAGAAAAUUGGCAAAAAAAUAAUAAAACGGUCAAACAAAAGCAAAACAACUUCAUGAAUGUAUCGCCACGAAAGGCCGAUUCGUUACGUUGCCUAAAGUUUUCUGAAUUCUUUAGUUUUUAACGUUUUAAAAUUCUACUUGAGUAAAUAUGUAAAUAUCACUAAGUAUUGCUCAUUUCUGCUGUGUGUGUGUGUGUGCGUGCGUGUGUGUGUGUGUGUGUGUGCGUGUGUGUGUGAGCGUGUGCGUGUGUGUGUGCGUGUGUGUGUGCGUGUGUGUGUGUGUGUGUGUGCGUGUGUGUGUGUGUGUGUGUGUGUGUGUGUGUGCGUGUGUGUGUGUGUGUUUUUUAAACUUUCCCAGAAUUCUCCCGUAGCCAGCUAAACCACCCAUCACUCCUGUAUAUGAAAUAAAGUUGUAAAUUGUGUCAAUAACAAAUUUUCUUUUGUAAAAGAGGUUUUAAUAAGAAGUUUAUGGUAAUGCUCUAUUUUCUUUCCCCUCUAACUCCUCAUGUACAUGAAAGAUGUGUAAUAUAGAAACUUGUCACAUUAAUAAAAGAAAUCAAUCAUG